AUGGCUUUCAUCUCGGUGUCGGGAGAGUGCCCCCUGUACCUGGAUGAGGUGCGUCACUUCCUGAGCCUGUGCCCCGAGCUGUCUCUGGGCUGGUUCGAGGAAGGCCGGCUCGUGGCGUUCAUCAUCGGCUCGCUGUGGGACCAGGACAAGCUCACCAUGGACGCGCUGACCUUGCACAAGCCGCAGGGCACCACGGUGCACAUCCACGUGCUGGCGGUGCACCGCACCUUCCGGCAGCAGGGCAAGGGCUCCAUCCUGCUGUGGCGCUACCUGCAGUACCUGCGCUGCCUGCCCUACGUGCGCCGCGCCGUGCUCAUGUGCGAGGACUUCCUGGUGCCCUUCUACGAGAAAUCGGGCUUCAAGGCGCAGGGCCCGUCCGAGAUCACCGUGGGGCCCCUGACCUUCAUCGAGAUGCAGUACCCCGUGGGGGGCCACGCGUUCAUGCGGCGCAACAGCGGCUGCUAGGCCGGGGGUCAUGUGG